AUGAAAAUAAAAGCUAAUAAUAAUAUUAUAAGUGAUAAGGUACUUAAGGCUGAAAGCUUAAUGAAAAACUAUAAAGAUACUCUUUUAGCUCUAAGCAUUCAAAAAUUAGUAGAAGCUUUUCCGAAAUGCGGAAAAGCUGAACUAUCAAAAGCAAAAAAAAUAGUUCAAGCAGAACAAGUGCUUGUAGCUAAUGGAUAUGAUACAAAUGAUCAUCAAGAGGAUGAUGAUGAAGCAGAAGAAGAAGAAAGUGAAGCAGAAGAAGAGGAUCCAGUUGUUUCUAAGAAGAAGAAGAAAGCAAAACACCAUCACAAUGAAAGUGAUGUCUUAUCAAGCUGCGCAGAUAUUAGUGGAAGAAAUGUAUUCGAUCACAACAUUAUAGCAAGGGAAAAUAAUGUUUACCUAAUUACUCGGAAGAUACAUUGCACAGUCAAUGUCAACUUUGAAAGUUCUAAGGGUGGAAGGCUUAUCUACACUUUUGAAACGGAUACGGUUCUUAGCUCUGACCAUACUUGUAUGACCAAUCUAUUAAAAGUAGAUCCUGAACACAAGGAUAUGCAAUGGUUCAAGAAAAAAGUAUAUCCCAUUACCAUCGAUUUCACUCUUCCAGAUGGUACCGAAAAAGACAAAGAAAAAAUAGAGUACAUUAAGGAUGAUAAAUAUCAUAUAUGGAAAUUCCCAAGAAGAAACAUUUUGAUGGACACAAAAUUCAAAAUGAUAACUGAAUAA